GUAUUAAUGCAACAAGCAAUUUAAGCAUUUCUCCUUAUUCCUAAGGAUUCUGAUUUCACAAUCAAAAACAUACCUUUUGGUGUUGCAUCUAAACCAAAUGGCAAUCCCUUUCCAGCUACCAUCAUAGGUAUUUCAAAUUGAUCAUUGAAAUUAGGUGAUUCUGUGAUCAAUUUAGCAAAACUUGAAGAAUUGGGAUAUUUUAAUGGACCUCUAUUUUCUACUUUAGGAUCUAAAGUCUUUGAUAGCGGAAACCUUAAUAAAUUUGUUUCCCUUUCAAGACCAUAUUGGAAAGAAGUCAGAUAUUAAAUCCAAUCUUUGUUUUAAUGUGGAAGUUAAUUAGAGAAUAAUUAAGAAGCUUUGGCUUAGAUUAUUACACCUGUUCAAGAUAGUAAAUAAUUUAUAUUAUAUGUAGCCUAAAACCAUUUACCAAUCACAAUUGGUGAAUACACUGAUUUCUAUUCCUCAAAGAAUCAUGCUUUCAAUAUGGGAUCUAUAAUAAGGGGUCCUGAUAAUGCAAUGCAACCAAAUUGGUACUAUUUACCUGUAGGAUAUCAUGGAAGAAGAUCAUCAAUUGUUAUAGAUGGUACAGAUAUUAGAAGACCUUGGGGAUAGGUAAAGGCUCCAACAGCUGAGAAACCCUCAUUCACAAAAUGCAAGAGAUUAGAUUAUGAAUUAGAAAUUGGAGCUGUAAUUGGUGGAACACCUAAUAAUUUGGGAGAACCAAUUAAAGUAAAUCAAGCAGAAGAUAGAGUCUUUGGAUUUGUAAUUCUAAAUGAUUGGUCAGCCAGAGAUGUUUAAGUGUGGGAGUAUGUACCUCUAGGUCCAUUUGGAGCUAAAAAUUUUGCUUCUACAAUUUCACCUUGGAUUGUGUCUAUUGAAGCAUUAGAACCAUUCCGUAUUUAAUUACCAGAACAAGAUCCUGAACCAUUUGUUUAUUUGAAAGAGAAAAAGUAAAAUAUAAAUUAAAUAAUAAGUCAUACUUCUUUUGAUAUUAGAUUGGAAGUAUUAAUUGGAACAGAAAAGAGUCCAGAAUUAGAACAUUUUACUACAAGCAAUUUUAAAUAUAUGUAUUGGAGUGUGAAUUAAUAAAUUGCUCAUCAUUCUAUUACUGGAUGUAACAUUUAACCAGGAGAUCUAUUUGGAUCAGGAACAAUCUCAGGAACAACUAAGGAUGGUAGAGGAUGUUUAAUGGAAUAUACAUGGAAUGGAAAAGAGCCUUUGGUAUUGAAAUCAGGAGAACAAAGAUUAUUUUUAGAAGAUGGAGACGUACUUGAAAUGAGGGGAUAUGCAGGAGAAGGAGAGUAAGAAUAAUUAUUUAUUUGUUUAGAAAUCGUGUUGGGUUUGGUAGAUGCAAAGGAAAGAUUUUACCUGCUUUAGAUGAGGCUUAUUUCUAAUCAUGAA